AUGUGCUCUGGCAAUCAGACCUCCAGCAUGUCAUUUGGCAAAGACCUGGGAGGUUCGGGUUCUGAAUCGCCAUACCUUUGGCUGGCGCAGGAGGGUAGCGAGAAAAGGUGGGUGCCAUUGCCGCCUUCGGACUGCCAACGCCUUGAAGCGAUCUUGGCGAGAGGCAAUCCGCAGGAGCUGCGAUCAGUUGUUCCGGUUGAUCACGGCAGAUACGACGUGGACCUUGAACGGCGAGUGCUGAGGGCCGUGUACUGGGACGAACCAGAGCGGCGUUGCAUUCGCAGCUCCUGGUUUCAUGGUCGAAUUGGUGGGCCCUGGACCCCCUAUGAAGAGGAGGAUGGAGAGGGGCUGGAAGCGGCUUUCCAGCGCCUCAGAACUCGAAAGGAGAGCGCUCCCUGGCUGGUGCCUGUGAACAGGGGAAAAGAUGACGUUCGAUUCGAGGCCCUUCGCGUGGGCGAGGAUGAGUCAAGCUCUUUGCCCUUCUUCUUCAGUGGCAGCGGGCAAAAGCGUCAUCCAGUGGUUGGUCCCUUGCCAGCCAAAGAUGAGACAGAGCCGCAAGCAACUGCUGGAGGUGAUCCGCAGUUCACCGCGGUGCAGGAGGCAGUGGAGAGGAGCACACCCGGAGAGACGCCUCUGGUGUGGCGUGGGUACUGGACUGUGGCUGGUGAGGAAGCUCGAGCACAGGUUGAGGAAGAUGAGCUACCUAGCAGAGUUGAGUGCUUGACCUUCGUCGUGCAUGGCAUCGGCCAGUACCACCGUUCACAGAACAUCAAUUCGCAAUUCUUCAAGGAAGUGUCAAAAGUCCGGGAGCUUGCCAUGAAGUACCAGCUUGAGCGGAUGAAGGCGCAGGGUGGCGCCCUGGGCCGGAUCGAGUUUCUUCCACUGGAAUGGUAUGGUCCCAUCCAUGUUGAUGUGGGCAUAGGCAAUCGGCUGAAGAAUGUGACACUAAAGUCUGUCAGCUCCUUGCGCGACUUUGCCAACUUCGCCAUUGCUGACAUCAUGGUGUACCUGGACGAUCAGUGGCGAGAACGCAUCCAUGAAGAGCUUCUGAAGAAGAUGGGGCAGUUGUGGAAGCUCUUCUCGGAGCGGACUCCAGACUACUCAGGGGAGGUUGCUGUGAUCGGUCACUCUUUGGGUUCGGUCAUCAUGUUUGAUUUGAUGCAGAAGGGCUUGGAGAAGUUUCCCAACGGUCUGCAUUGCUCGCCUGCCAAGGAGCCAUCACCGCACUCGCCAAAGAAGACCAUGAUGUCUGCACCUUCCAAAGCCAACGUUGCCACUCCUGGAAGUUUCGACCGAAAGGGCAUCAAGUUGCUGAAGGAGCACGUGGUGAAGGGCAACGUUGCUGCACUGGCAAAAGGCACCGUUUUGGAACAUCCCAUGCCACGGUGCCUUUUUGCGGUGGGCUCACCACUGGGAAUGUUUUUGAGCAUCAGAUUGUCGCAGAAGGCCCAGCGGGCUUCCAGGUAUUUUCGCGGCCUUGAUGUUCGGUGGCCUGCAGCGCAUGAGGGGCGAGGAUGGAGGAUGUUCAACGUUUUCCACCCGGACGACCCCAUUGCGUAUCGCAUUGAGCCGCUCCUGAACCCGGCCUAUGCAUCAGCAGAGCCAAGGGUGGUGCCUCACAAGGGCGGCCUACGAUGGAACCACAAGAUCACCAGCUGGUUUUCCGCCUCCGGCACUGUGUCCAAAAGUCCUGAGGGCGGCUUCCUGGACUUAGAGGCGCCCUUCGAGGAGGUCUUGGUGGUGCCCACGGAGGACCCAUCCAGCUUUUUCGAGGAAAAACCCGGACGGCAGCCAGCUGUGACAGUUGAUCGAGUGGAUUAUGCUCUGCAGGUAAGUGCCUUUGAGAGCAUGAACGAGAUGCUCAGCGCCAUCCACAGCCACUUCUCCUACUGGGAGAACGAGGACUUGCUGCAGUUCAUCGUCGACCAGAUCUUCGAGUCUCUUGGCAGCCGCAAAGACUCCUCCAGAUCCUCGAAGUGA